AUGACAUGCUCGCACACUCCGUCUUCGAUGCUAGAGGAUGCUGCGCCGUCAUGGAAUACGAUCGUAAAAGCACUUCUAUGUGCGCUUCUCGGGGCGAUUACAUAUGCAUUUUUGCAAAAUUCUAUACCACCUAUCCUUCCUCAGCGGAACGGUCGGCUAGGGAAGGCGGAUGACCUGAACCGCGAUGACCUUGCGUCCGGAAUCGAACGUAGCCGUAUACUGGGGGAUGAGACAACAUCUCCUGGCACCCAAAAUGUCGUUCAUCGAAGGGCUGUAGCGGAUAGAGAGAAAAUUCCCGAACACUCUCCCACUCAAAGAAAGGCCGUCAAGCUACCAAAACGGAAACUUAGCCGAGGAGAAUACACUGUGGGCUGGAUCUGUGCCAUAACAGUAGAGCGCGUUGCCGCAGAGGUAUUUCUAGACGAGACGCAUGCGAACCCAGAAUAUAGAGACGAGCAUGACAACAAUAUCUAUCUCCUAGGCAAAUUCGGAGAGCACAAUACUGUCAUCGCUACAUUACCGGAGGGGGAAUACGGCACAAACUCUGCAGCAACCGUCGCUAAUAACAUGGUUCGCAGCUUUCCCAAUAUCAGAAUUGGACUCAUGGUUGGGGUAGGGGGCGGCGCGCCGAAUAAACAACAUGACAUACGCCUCGGUGAUGUCGUGGUUAGCUCUCCUGGUAAUGGGCAUCAUGGAGUGUUCCAAUAUGACUUUGGUAAAUCGGUCCAAGACGAGGCUUUCCAUACGACCGGGUUUCUCAAUGCGCCCCCAACAUUGCUGCGAGCCGCCGUGGCCACCCUCAAGGCGCAAUACGAGAUAGACGAUUGUCAACUUGGGAAUAUGAUUGAUACGCGCCUUCGGACUAGCCCAGUAUCAUGGGAAGAGAGGUAUAAACGGCCGGAAAUCAGCAGCGAUAUACUUUACCGUUCAGAUUUUAAGCACCGUUCAAAUGGUGACGACUGUAGGGCCUGUUGCGGAUUUGAUUCUAGAGUUAUUAUGACAAGACGGACAAGAUCGUUCAACGACAGACCACUUAUCCACCAUGGUUUGAUUGCCUCUGGAAAUAGCCUGAUGAAGGACGCCAGAAUUCGGGACAAACUCGGAACAGAGAAGGGAGUUCUCUGCUUCGAGAUGGAAGCCGCUGGUUUGAUGAAUCACUUUCCUUGUUUGGUCAUUCGGGGUAUCUGUGACUACUCCGACAGCCACAAAAAUAAGGCAUGGCAAUCCUAUGCAGCUGUGGCAGCUGCUGCGUACACAAAAGAUCUGUUGCUUCAAAUACCCCCAUCGGCAAUCCAAACUGUGUCGAAGGCCAGUGAAGUCUUAUCCGAAAUCCGUCAGGUGGCGCGGGAUCACCUCAACAUUGCAAAAGAGAACCAAGAGACUUCAAAGGAGAGAGAGAAGCACGAGUGUCACCAAAUCUUCCGCUUAACAACAAGUGGUAAAGAUACUACCUACGAGUGGUACAAGGAUAGAAUAGAAAAGCGGGUAGAAGGAACUUGUUCUUGGUUUCUUCGCCAUAGCAACUUCAAGAGCUGGCAGCAACAGGAAUCCGGCCCUCUCUUAGUGUCUGCAGACCCUGGGUGUGGGAAAUCUGUGCUGGCAAAGUAUCUUGUUGACGAAGUCUUGCCUGGAUCAGCAACCACCUGUUACUUUUUCUUCAAGGACCAAGACCAAAAUACCGUCCGACAAGCACUUUGUGCUCUCCUCCAUCAACUUUUCACCCAGAAACCGGCUUUGAUUGAACAUGCCCUAGAACUCUUCCGACAGAACGGCAAGGGCCUAGUGGACAACAAGGCAUCGUUGUGGAAAAUCUUGCAAUCUGUAGCCCAAGAUCCCAGAGCAGGGCCAAUAGUACUUGUUUUUGAUGCUCUUGACGAGUGCAGUGAGCAAGAAUUUACAGAGCUGAUGGAAAUGAUAACAAAGCAAUUACAUGAAGGCAAAGAAAACCAAAGCAAGUUGAAAUAUCUGCUCACAAGCCGCCCUUAUGAACAGAUAGUGUCCGAAUUCCGCCUCCUCCUAGAUCAGUUUCCCUUCAUCCGUAUCCCUGGAGAAGACGAGUCCGAAGCCAUCAUUAAGGAGGUGAACCUUGUCAUUUCGCACCAAGUCGAUCAACUAUCAAAAGCGAAGGAACUAUCACCCGAGAUCAGCAAAGCAUUGAAACGGAAAUUUCAGGAGAUUCCCCACCGAACAUACCUAUGGGUGUAUCUUGUAUUUGAUGUUCUAAGAAGGACGACGAUAAAGAAGACAGCAAAAGCCUUCGAAACUUUUGUUUCCACACUUCCUCGAGAUGUCAAUGAAGCAUAUGAGCAAAUUCUCAAUAGAUCUGAGGAUCGCGGCAUGGCUCGGAAAGCUCUAUCUGUUAUAUUGGCUGCUUACCGACCGUUGACCAUCUCAGAAAUGAAAGUAGCCAUGAAUAUACACGACGAAUCGAUAUCCUUUAGCAGCCUUGACUUGGAGACUGACGAAGAUUUCAGAUCAACUUUUAGAAGUUGGUGCGGCCUGUUUGUUUCGAUCCAUCACGACAAGAUUUACUUCCUCCAUCAAACAGCACGUGAGUUUCUGUUGGGAGAAUCACCCCGAGACACUUCAUCAGAAAUAAAAUGGCAUGGCUCUAUUUCUUAUGAAUACGCACAUUGUGAUCUUGCAGAGCUCUGUGUGCGCUACUUGAACUUUUUCAACUGCAUGGAUGAUUCAUGGGUAGAUGCGAAGCAUCAAGGCGCCCAGCCUUUCCUGGAUUACGCGGCCAGCUUUUGGGGUGACCACUUUCGCAUAGCAGAAAAUGCUUUACAUAGUGAAUUCUUGCCCCUCGUGCUACGGAUUUGUAAUCCGGACAGUAAUGCCUAUCAGUCAUGGUUCAUGAUCUUCCCCGAAAGACACUUUCCAGUGGGAACAAAGUUUACUGAACUUAUGAUGGCAUCAUACUUGGGGCAUGUCACGGUGGCCAUGCUUUUGAUUGAUCAAGGCGCUGAUCUUGAGUCAAAGGACAAUAAAUGGGGCCAAACGCCGCUCUCAUGGGCAGCACUGAGAGGCCAUGAGGCUGUUGUUAAGCUUUUAGUUGAUAAAGGCGCUGACCUUGACUCAAAGGACAAUGAAUGGGGCCGUACGCCGCUCUUAUGGGCAGCACUGAGAGGCCAUGAGGCUGUUGUUAAGCUUUUAGUUGAUAAAGGCGCUGACCUUGACUCAAAGGACAAUGAAUGGGGCCGUACGCCGCUCUCAUGGGCAGCACGGAGCGGCCAUGAGGCUGUUGUAAGGCUUUUGAUUGAUAAAGGCGCUGACCUUGACUCAAAGGGCCGUAAAUGGGGCCGUACGCCGCUCUUAUGGGCAGCAGAGAGCGGCCAUGAGGCUGUUGAUGAAUAUGGCCGGACGCCACUAUGGCUGGCGGCAAGUGAUGGCCAUGAAGCUACUGUCGCGCAAUUGCUCGAGAAACGUUGCGGUGUAGACGAAGAAGAUAAGAAGGGGGUAACACCAUUAGUAGCGGCUGCGACAAGAGGCCACUGGAACAUCGUGGAUUUGCUCCUUGAAGCAGACGAUGGAGCUGAUGAUUGGGGAAGCUCGCUCUGGACUGCAUCCGUUAUUGGGCUUUAUGAUCUCGAACGGCGACUCAACCAGGAGCCGAAUGCAGAACUGCAGGACUUGUUUGGCAUUGAGGCGCUGUUCUCGCGAAACGUCCUCUAA